CCCCUCCCCCGGCCGCGGCCUGGCGGCUUGAGCCGGCAAAGCGGGCGGGGCAGGGGAGGGGGCGGGCGCCCGAAUAUGCAGAUGAGCUCGUGACGGACAGCUCUGCGUUCCAAUGUCCCUCGGAAACUCGAGCGCUCCUUCCUCAACUCCUCACUCCCGAGUCCAGACUCCCCCAAACCCCGACCGCCGGCCUGGCGCGCGGCUGCGGCCACCGGCUCCGCGCUGCCGCUGCCGAGGCCGCCGCCGCCGCCGCCCAGCUGCUCCCCCGGCCCGCGGGCCGCCCGGGCUAGUGAGCAGGCCGGCCUGCCUCGGCCGGCGGUCCCCGCGCCCGCCGCCGCCGCGCCGCGCCCCGGCCGGGCGUGGAUGGAGGGCGCCGCGCGCCCUGCCCGCUGUUCGGCGUGACGCGGGCCCGGCGCCCCGCGCCCACCAUGUCCUACCCGCAGGGCUACCUGUACCAGGCGCCCGGCUCGCUGGCGCUAUACUCGUGCCCGGCGUACGGCGCGUCGGCACUGGCGGCGCCGCGCAGCGAGGAGCUGGCUCGCUCGGCGUCGGGCUCGGCGUUCAGCCCUUACCCGGGCUCCGCGGCCUUCACCGCGCAGGCGGCCACGGGCUUCGGCAGCCCGCUGCAGUACUCGGCCGACGCUGCCGCCGCCGCCGCCGCCGGCUUCCCAUCCUACAUGGGUGCGCCCUACGACGCACACACGACCGGGAUGACGGGCGCCAUCAGCUACCACCCUUAUGGAAGCGCGGCCUACCCGUACCAGCUCAAUGACCCGGCCUACCGCAAGAACGCCACGCGGGAUGCCACGGCCACGCUCAAGGCCUGGCUCAACGAGCACCGCAAGAACCCCUAUCCCACCAAGGGCGAGAAGAUCAUGCUGGCCAUCAUCACCAAGAUGACCCUCACGCAGGUCUCCACCUGGUUCGCCAACGCGCGCCGGCGCCUCAAGAAGGAGAACAAGAUGACGUGGGCCCCCAGGAACAAAAGCGAGGACGAGGACGAGGACGAGGGCGACUCGGCAAGGAGCAAGGAGGAGAGUCCGGACAAGGUGCAGGAGGGCACCGAGACUUCGGCGGAGGACGAAGGGAUCAGCCUGCACGUCGACUCGCUCACGGAUCAUUCGUGCUCCGCCGAGUCGGACGGAGAGAAGCUGCCGUGCCGGGCCGAGGACCCCCUGUGUGAGUCGGGCUCGGAGUGCAAGGAGAAGUACGACGACCUGGAGGACGACGAGGACGACGACGAGGAGGGCGAGCGGGACCUGGCGCCGCCCAAGCCCGUGACCUCGUCGCCGCUCACCGGCGUGGAGGCGCCGCUGCUGAGCCCCCCAUCCGAGGCCGCGCCCCGCGGGGGCGGCGGCGGCGGCGGCGGCAAGACGCCCCUGGGCAGCCGGACGUCGCCGGGCGCGCCGCCGCCCGCCAGCAAGCCCAAGCUGUGGUCUCUGGCCGAGAUCGCCACGUCGGACCUCAAGCAGCCGAGCCUGGGCCCGGCCUGCGCGCCGCCGGGGCUGCCAGCGGCCGCCGCGCCCGCCUCGUCAGGGGCGCCGCCGGGCGGCUCGCCCUACCCCGCGUCGCCGCUGCUCGGCCGCCACCUCUACUACACGUCGCCCUUCUACGGCAACUACACAAACUACGGGAACUUGAACGCGGCUCUGCAGGGCCAGGGUCUCCUGCGGUACAACUCGGCGGCCGCGGCCCCCGGAGAGGCGCUGCACGCGGCGCCCAAGGCUGCCAGCGACGCGGGCAAGGCGGGCGCGCACCCGCUGGAACCCCACUACCGGCCCCCCGGCGGCGGCUACGAGCCCAAGAAAGGUAGGCGGCCUGCGGCCCGCGGGGCCCUGGGGGAGGGGGCGCCGGCGGGUCCCCGGUUGGUGAGCACCCUUGAGGAGCCGGGGAAGGGGCCGGGGGACCUGUAGGUCUGGCCGGGGAAGCUUUGUCGCUUACAGGAGAACAGGAAGAAGACAGGACGUCUUUGGACGGUGGUUCUUGGACUGCAAGUUAGAAGUGAAGGGGUGGUGAGGGCAGAAAGGGGGCGGAGGGCCAGGCGAUCCUGCCACGCAACGGGACUUGCCCCCUCAUAGCUGACUUUUCAUCUGAUUUAUCAUUAUUACCGUUACUAGUAUUCUCGUGACUGUUUUCGUUUGGGCAAACACAGAUUGCCCAACAUGCAGCUGACAGCUUUCCCCCUGCUGACUGAGCCUACGCUUUCUGUCUUUUCUGUCCCUUUAUAGAGUCUCAGCUGAAUCUCCUCUUCUGCCUUUGGCUGGAAGGAAACAAAACGUUCUAGUUCUUCCCAGAGGCCUUAGUUUUUACAUCUUCAAAAUAGAAAGCGAGAGCCUAUUUUCUUUCUCUCCUUUUCUUUAUAUUGUCUCUGUUGCUCAUAAUGCAGGCUUGAGCUGAUAAGACCUGUAAAAGGAGUCAAGGGGGAGAGAAAAUGAGGACGCGGAAACAUGACCGAAGUCUGUCUCAGGCAGUGGUGGUGGGGACAGCGGGCUCCCCCAGACUGCUCGCUGGGCGCAGGGGGCAAGGGCAUGGUGAGCGUGGGUGUGCAGGCUGGUGGCUGUGCUGCUGUCUGGGAGACUGAUGGCUCUGGGGGUGGGUUCUGACUAACUGCCCCCUCCCCUGACAGAUGCCAGUGAGGGCUGCACCGUGGUUGGUGGAGGCCUCCAGCCCUACCUAUAGAAGGGCCGCACACAGCAAUGCAAGUAAGUGGGCUCCCUGGGGUUCCCCCUUACCCCUUGGGGAGCCUCCCCGAACCAGUUGCCCUGUAAACUUGCUUAAUGUGUAUUUCCUGCUUUUUGGCACGGGGUAUGAGGACAGAGCACUGCAAUCUUCCCCCUUUUUUUUGUUUUGUUUUGUUUUCCCCUUUAAGUGGGAGGGGAUCCAUGCUCUUUUAGAGAGUCCUUUUUCUGCUCAAGUUCUGCUUUACAGAAUCACUCCUUUAACUGGAAUGUAUUUAUUGCUGUUGUUUUCUCUUUGGAAGAAAUAGAUUCUUAAAAUCUGGGUAUUUGUAUGCAAUUUGGAACUUUGUUUUUUAACUAUGCUAGACCCUUAAUAGACACUUGCUUUGAUGAGCGAGUGCCCCUGAAACUUGGGGUAUCAAACACCUUUAUAGAUGAUCUUCGCGGAGUCAGACUGGAGAGACAUAGAAGGACUAGUCUAGCUUUUAUCAGGCUUGUCCCUAUGUCCGGAUGGACUAGGUAGGGCCGUGCAGUUCACCUGGCUGACAGCGGCAACUCAAAAAAUACCCACUUUACAAGUAGGCACGAUUACUAAUCACAGAUCUUGGAGAUGGGAAAGAGGCAAAGGCCAUUUCAGAUGGACCCCUUUUUAGAAUAUGAUGAUGUUGGCAUGGGACUGAAGGAUUUGGGAUGAUUUGGUCUUUUCCUUGGUCCACAGGUAGGUGUCACAAUUGCUUUGGAAAAAAAGUCAGCAGGCCAUUCUCUCUUCCCAAGUUCAUAAAUAUACAGAUGUAUUAAAAAAAAAUGAUCUCUAAAUCUGGACCACAUCUUGUGCCACUGUAAACGAGGAGGAUCCACAGGGCACUGCCAACCCACAGACUCUAUCGGAACAGACUUUUGUUGGACAUAUGUGAAUUUGUUGGCAUAGUAUAGCUUCCCCAAUGUAUGUGUGACUUUUGAAAACAAUCUUUUUUCUCAGGAUAUCUUGAAUUGAUCACUUCAUUGCCACGGUAUAUAUUCUAUAGGUGUGAUAGGAUUUACUGUAAAGUUUAUUUGUAAAAGAUGUACACAGUAGAAAUAAAACGUGAUUAUAGAACUUGAGUACUUAAGAAGUGGAAACAAAUUUGAUAUUUAUUUUUAUAAUGAUAUAAAGCUUCUAGUAAUUUAUGCAAGUUGUAUUGCAAUGGAAUCUAAACCUUUUGUAAAUAAAUUCUGCCUGGUUUUUAUUUGAACAUUGCUGGUUAUAUAAUCUUUGUUGGUUGUUUAACAAGAAUUCUUUACUAAUUUAUAUCUUAAAUUGUAAAUAAAAGCAAACUAGUCUACAACAA